UUGGGUAGCAGUAAAACAAGUCGACUUUAUAAGCCAUGUCAUUGGCUUGCUAUCACAUCUGUCGGUCAUGGCACCGAAACUGGGUUAUUGGAAAAUCAGAGGCCUUUUGCAAGGACUGUUCAUGAGUGACACUCCUGUAAUAUGAACUUAUAAUAACCAAAGGAUACUGAGUUCAAAAUUUGCCAAGGAAAUCCACAUAAAUACGUUGCCAUGAUUCCAAGACAGUUUUCUCUGCUCUUAAAUGGGUGGAGUUAAGGUCGUCUUGUACUGCAAAUGUUGGUGUUGGUUGGAGGACGAAAAAUCUUCAGGAUGUAGUGAUGUAUUCUCUCCUUUUAUAAAACUUAGGAAGGCUACUCUUGCAAUAGACAUUUCAACCUCUUCACUGCAUUUAUGACAGUUUAAAAAUAUGACUAUCUAUUACAUGUUCUCCUCUAUCAACUGGUAAUGGUAGUACCAACAUACAAUCACUUUAAGUUGCGUGGUAGAAAAUCUGCAUGUAGUAUGCUUUUAGACAUACUGUUCUCCAUGGUGAAAUCAUAAGCACUCAUCUAUAUAUUCCAUUUCUAGAUCAUGGGAGCAGUUGAUCGAUGAACCUAGUCGAGUAUUAGUUAUUUAUCACACACUAUUAUCUAGAUAAAAACUGAUCAGCGAAAAAAACUUUCACAUGAAUUUACUUCACCCCAACUCAUUUCACUUAGUAUACCAACAAUUAUUGUGAGUGAAAUUAUUGACAUGUAGUAUAAACUGCGAGAGAUAGUAAAAGGAUUAGUUGUUAACUAGUAUUAUACUCCAGAAAUAGGUUUCUAAGCUUUAAUAAUCUGAGAACGAGAUUCAAAGUAGUGUAUAAACUAAAAUAACAAAUGAAUAUUCAUAAGUACUAUGUUCAUGCCGUUUUGCGAUGUUUACAAUAAUUUCGAAUUACAAUCGUUUGGAAGAAUUUCCGAAUACAUUACGCUGUCUGUACCAACACCUGACACCGUAUAUUAGUAAUCUGCAUUCAAAUAAAAAAGACAAGACUUUCGGAAUUUGUAUAAGAAUGACGUAUCGGUGAAAUCCCCCGCAAAAAAUCAAAUUAACUUUGUACCCACUCGGUUAUGUACUGAAUAAAUUCACUGAAUAGCAAGUACAGAAGUUAUUGAAUUGAAUAAUUGUUACUUGUACACAAAAUCACCUAAAAUUAAUUCGAUCGAAUAUGAUACUGAACAAAGUGAUAGAAAAUCACGAUGUAUUAAUUAGAACGAAUUAAUUUUGUGCUGAAAAAUAUCAAACUGAAAUAAUCAAAGUCAAAUGGACAGGAAUCAAAUUGAAAUACUACAAAAAUCAACUGAAUGAAAAAUAUUUAAAAACGACAUUUAACCAUUUAAUAACUUUCUCCCUAUUAAAUAAUAUUUAGAAAUCUAAAAUCAUCAACACUGCUCAAUUAAUGUUUCCAGUGUUCAGCCCAGAUUCUCACCAUUGGUUCAUAAGUAAGAAUGUGGGGCUAAUAAGUGUUUUCUGAUAUGGUGAUUAAAACUCUGUUAAUGUAGAGAAAUAUAGAGAAGCUAUAACCGAUUCUCGAUUUAUUUUACUGAUUUAACAAAGCAGUUCUAGUCUGAAUUGUCAAGAGUGAGUGUUUUAAGAUGUGACGGAUAUCCAGGGCUUGACAACGUUGUUUUCUGUAACGCCCAGUCAAACCCAGAGUCAGGAAUGAAGGGGUUCGAAUAUAUAUAUAUAUAUAUAUAUAUAUAUAUAUAUAUAUAUAUAUAUAUAUAUAUAUAUAUAUAUAUGGCAAAUCGUAUGUAUGUAAGUAUGUAAUCUAAGGUGACUGGUUGUGAAGCGCUGCGUGUCCAAUGGCUAUAUGGUGCGAACUGUUAUCUGAGUGGCUUCAGCUAGAAGGCUUCCAGUAAAACUAAUGAGAUCAAGAUCAAUGUCGAAGACGUGUAUGUCUAUUUAUUUUGGAGAUUUAUUUACUACUAUAUGUUUAAUGGAAGCUUAGUUUUCUUUAAAGGUGUUGAUAGUUGAAAGGAUUUUUUCUGUUGUCCAACUAUCUGUUCCCAAUUAUAGUGAUGCAGAUGAUAAAAUCUCACUUUUUUCAGUAAAAGUGAUCUAGUAAUAACAGACUAUGAUAUAAAAACAAAUAAAUUUGACAUGCUUUUCACGUCUAGGACCAAGCCUUCGCUUAUCACGACGCUAAAAAUGAUUGCUGAUGAUAUGCUUAUUAUAAUCGCUGAAAAAUUAAUACGUAUUUGGCAUUUAUUUCUUAAAAGGCUCGCACAACCAAUUAGACUUCUUUUGGAAUAUCUUGAAGAAACAUAUGAGGAACAUGCAUAUGAUCGCAAUGAAGUUGAUGCCUGGCGCAACGAUAAAUUUAAAUUAGGCCUGGAGUUCCCCAAUCUUCCUUAUUAUAUUGAUGGUGAUUUCAAAUUAACACAAUCUAUGGCUAUCAUACGCUAUAUAGCUGACAAACACAACAUGUUGGGGGCUUGUCCAGAAGAACGUGCAGAAAUUUCGAUGCUUGAAGGAGCGAUUUUAGAUAUUAAGACGAGUAUUUGGACAAUUGCAUGCAAUAAGGAAUAUCAAACCCUCAAAGUUGAUUUUCUCAACGAACUUCGUGGGAAGCUGAAAAUGUUCGAAGAUCAUCUGUCUAACAAAACGUAUUUGAACGGUAACUGCGUAACUCAUCCUGACUUUAUGUUAUACGACACUCUUGAUGUGGUUUUAUACAUGGACUCACAGUGCUUGAACGAGUUACCAAAAUUAGUUUGUUUCAAACAAUGUAUUGAAGAUUUACCACAAAUUAAGAACUACUUAAAUUCUAGCAGGUACAUAAAAUGCCCUCUGCUAGGUUGGAGUGCUACGUUUGGAGAUGGAGAUACUCCUUCAAAUUAGAUUAACAGUAAAUCUUCUGGUAAAUAAAAUUUAAAGCCUGUUAUAUUUGUACUAAAUAAAAAAUAAUAAAAUUCUGAA